GAUAUUUCUGAGUGUUGGCGGCAGUUGACGUAAGCGGCCUUAGCUAUCGUAAGAACUAUGGCGGAGUUCCAGUGGCCGUGGCAAUACAACUUCCCCCCUUUCUUUACGAUCCAACCCAACUUUGACACAAGAAAGAAACAGCUAGAGGCAUGGUGUUACCUAAUUCUCGAUUACUGUAAAUAUCAUAAAAUCUACUGCUUGGAUGUCACUGAAUCGCAGAGCUCUGUCCUUUUUUACAACAAAAAGCUUAACCGGAAACUAUCCACAGAUUCAUUAAUGACAAUUCUUGAUGAAUUAAAGAAAAAAGGUCACCUUGAAUGGACAGAUAAAUCCAAACGCCAGUUCACAGUUGUGUGGCGUUCACACGAAGAGUGGGGGAAACUUAUUUACAAAUAUAUCACAGACAAUGGAAUGACUGACACAAUGUGUACCUUCUAUGAGUUGACCUCUGGUGAAGAUACUGUAAAUAAAGAAUUUCAUGGACUUGAGAAACCGUUGUUGAUCAAAGCCUUAAAGACUCUGGAGAAUGAAGGUAAAGCAGAGUUGAUGCUGACUGAAAGUAUCGAGGGAGUGAAAUUCUUCUAAAAGAACAAUUGCUUUGCUUUGGCUGUUUACCUGCAUCCUAACAUAUGUAUGCGUGUAAUACAUAUGUAAGCGCACACAUAAACACACACACACACACACAUAUAUAUAGACUCAAACUCACAUUUAUGGAAAAGGCUUUAGUUUGUAUUCAGUAAAUGUCACAACAAUAAAGCUACGGUUCUUUUAUGGAACGUGUACGGCUGAAGCUAAUACUGCUAAAACUGCCAUUAUCAACAGCAUGAGAAAGAAAAAAAACAAAUGGCUUCAUUUAUAAACAGAACAAACAUUGAUAUUGUAUAAAAAACUGGUAUGUCUUUCAUGUUUAACUCUUUUGCACUUAAACUGGCCAUAUCCGGCCCAAAUAUAUUCCACCUGUUUUUUUUAUGUUCGAACCGGUCAGAUCUGGAUUCUCACACCUCUACUUUACAAUGUCAUUCGAAAAAUAUGCUGCUACCACAUCAUCAAAAACUUUUGAAGCUAUGAGAUAAUGCAUGAUCAAUUCAAAACAAUGUGAAACAAGUACGCAUUACAUUUGACGGAACAAUGUGAAUGUUAAAGGGUUUUAACAUUGAGGUCACUUAAAGCAUUCUGUUUGACCUGCGGGAAGAUUCACUUAACCCAAUUUCCGUUAUCAUAUUUCUGUUGAGAUGUUCUGUGUUUGUGUCAAUUUUUAAAUAUAAAAAAGAAUUUAGUAAAAUGA